AUGUUAUCCACUGCUACACGCGCAGGCAUCCCAGCUGCUCGUCGUCGCCUUGUGCCCCGCUCUUUUUCGCGUCUUGCUACAACCACCAGGGCAUCUGUGCCGGCACUCCGCGCAUCCACCACUCUGCUUUCUUCCUUAUCUUCAAUUCGCCCUAUGUCUUCCACUCAUCACGGAGAAUCUACACUUCGUCCGGAACCCGACAAGGUUCUCCAGGAUAUUGCCGACUAUGUGCACAAUUACAAAGUAGACUCGGAUCUCGCUUUCGAAACAGCCAGGCUCUGCCUCAUCGACACGAUUGGUUGUGGGCUCGAGGCAUUGAGGUUCCCCGAAUGCACCAAGCUUCUUGGUCCGGUUGUUGAGGGGACGGUCGUUCCAAAUGGAACGCGUGUACCGGGUACCAAUUAUGAACUAGACCCCAUUCGAGGUGCUUUCAACAUCGGUGCAGCUAUUCGAUGGCUCGACUUCAAUGAUUGCUUCCUGGCUGAAGAAUGGGGGCAUCCCUCUGAUAAUCUUGGCGCUAUCCUCGCUGUCGCGGAUCAUCUGGCCCGGCAAGGCCAGCCCCUAUCCGUGCACGACAUCCUAGAGGCUAUGAUUAAAGCCCAUGAAAUCCAGGGAGGAAUUGCUCUUCUCAACUCUUUCAACAGAGUUGGUCUGGACCACGUUGUUCUAGUUAAAGUCGCAUCCACAGCGGUUGUCUCCAAACUCCUCGGCUUGACCCGCGAUCAGACCGUUGAUGCCGUUUCUCAAGCAUGGGUUGACGGACAAUCCCUGCGCACUUACCGCCAUGCUCCCAACACAGGCCCUCGGAAAGCAUGGGCCGCUGGUGAUGCUUGCUCUCGUGCUGUAAAUCUUGCUUUGAUGGUGAAAAAGGGAGAGAAGGGUCUCCCAUCAGUUCUUACCGCCAAAACUUGGGGCUUCUACGAUGUUUUGUUCAAGGGUAAACCAUUUAAAUUCCAGAUCCCUUAUGGUUCCUAUAUCAUGGAGAAUGUAUUGUUCAAGAUUUCGUUCCCUGCCGAGUUCCAUGCGCAGACUGCGGUCGAGGCUGCUCAUAUCCUUCACAAUAAGCUGAAGGAGCUGGGCAAGUCCUCCGACGAUAUUAAGAGUGUUCGCAUUCGCACACAAGAAGCUGCUAUUAGGAUUAUUGACAAGCAAGGCCCCUUGGACAACUUUGCAGACCGCGACCAUGCUAUCAACUACAUGGUCGCCUACCCCCUGAUCUUUGGCGAAUUGACCUCUGAGAGCUACACUGAUGCCUCCGCCGCCGAUCCUCGAAUUGAUGCUCUCCGUUCGAAGAUCUACUGCGUAGAAGAAAAACGCUUCAGCGUUGACUAUCACGAUCCUGCCAAGCGUUCGAUCGGUAAUGCUCUCCUGGUUGAACUCAACGACGGAACUGUUCUUGAUGAAGUCGAAAUUGAAUACCCUGUUGGGCACAAGAGGCGCCGAGCAGAGGGUACACCAUUAUUGAUCAAUAAAUUCAAGAGGCACAUUUCGUAUCAUUAUGACGAUGCUCAUCAAGCCCAGAUUUUGGAAACUGUGUCCGAUGCCGAAUCGCUCUCCAAACUUCCUGUAGACAAGUUCACCGACUUGUUUGUCAAGGCAUAA